CUAUUGCAAAUGAUUUAUCAAAGUAAUUAUUGUAAUGUUGUACGCAAGGACGCCAUGUGAUGAUUUUUGGAAAUAGGAAGGAUAUUUCAGGAAGGCGGGGUCAACAAACAGUGGUGUCUAUAUAAAGAGAUCGAGCUAAGUUUCAACAAACUACUGGAUUUCUGUAUAUCCCAAGUCAGAUUUUCAAUAUGCAGUGUAUUUCCUGUGUGUUGAUUUCGCUGGGUCUGGUUGCAGUUUUGACUACAGAUAUCGGAUAUGGACAUGAAGAUAGUUGGCAAUUAGUAUUUCAUGCAGUCCAAGGUAAUGGUGAAUCUGUCCUUGAUGCCUGGAACACAAAGUCACCAUCACAAUGCACUCCUAAUAAUGGCUGCCUUCCUCCGGGUUUUAAGCUGGAUCACUGGAGGGAUAAUGCAAAACAUCUGCGAAGUCCUCUUAUAGAUCAGUGGGAGUCAUUCAGUAUUAAGAAGAUCAGAGUGGAACUUGGUGGACAGGGGAAAACAUUAGCUUUCUUGGAAUUUGAUGGGAGUGGAAGCAACAACAAAGACUGGUUUAGCAAAUCAAGACUUCUCCAUAGUAGUUGGUCCGAUCUCAAAACCGCCAACACUAACUACUUCUCUAUUGAAGGGUACUUGAUAUUGUAUUUAAAAAAGAUUGAUUCUAUGACAUACAUGUGUCGUUUGCUUUCAUCAUUCAUACGCUUCAAGUUUCAUAAACACAAUUGCUAUUUUUUUUUAGACACGACAGAGAUACAAAUCCUGUUAAAAGGCACUUUUUUGUCAACCAGCGUUAUGGCGGGUGCCCCAAUGAUUCUGGAUGGUUUGUAGUUUUAGACAAGACCAAUGAAGUAUGUUCAUGGGCGAAAAAGGGAAACUUCCCAGCGUUGCUGUAUAGUAAAAGUUCAAAAGUGGCAAACUGGAAUCAAAGUAAGUGAUUUUUAAGAUAUAAUGGUGUCAUUAAAUUGUAUAGCUAUUUAACUCUGUGGCUGUAUCAAAGAGGAAACACUGUUGAUGGGUUGGUGAAUUCAAGGAGAGUCCAUCACUGUUCGUCAUCUUCACCCUUCACAUUGUACUAUUUACUCUCCCAUAAAAGAAUUUACUUCGCUGAUGAUUCAAAUUUACGUUUCGGAUAAAUUGCAAGAUGAAUAAAAAUUAGGGAUCAGUGACUGAUACUGAAGCCACAAAAUAUUACUAAUAUUCAACACAUUUACAGUCUUUAUGAGAAGAAAACUUUGGUAUAUGAAAGUUGAAUAUAACGAACAGUGUGCAAUCUCAUAACUCCUUUAAGGAAUACAAAUUAAAGAGUUGGGCAAACAUGUAUAGGAUAUUUAGAAUUAAUCAACUUUCAUUAUCUUCGCCUUUUCAUAUCAUAAUUAAUUUUAGUUAAACUCCAUAUCAUUUGUAUGUGUAAUUUGUUUUGACGGUACCAACAUGUCUUAAUAUGUAUCUUAGCACACAAUGUACCAACAGAGCCUUAAUAAAUUUACUUUCUUUCUUCAGGCCCAGGAGUCGCUGAUGUGAUGAAUGUAUACAUCCAAGCACUGUAGCUUUCAAACCUUAAAAGUCUUACUGAUUAUGUAUUUGAAAAAAGUUAAAUCUACUCAUCAAUCUUUCUUAUACUACAGCUUGAGUAACAAUAAAUGUGGUUCAUUAAAUACUUGAAAUUGGA